AUGGCUACACCAUAUAUUUCCGGAUGUUUUGCUCUCGUCAAAUCGCAGUUUCCAGAAGCAACAAUCGAAGAAGUGAAGAACAGGCUGCAAGUCACCGCAAAACCUACCCCGUGGGUUUUUGAUUCUUCAAUUUUGGCAGCAACCCCUCAGCAAGGAGCUGGUCUUGUGAAUGCCUAUGAUGCAAUCUUUUCAACCAGUCAGUUUACUGUAACGGACAUCAGUCACACGGAAUACGGCACUGCGAAUAUCACAAUAGAAAACACAUCUGGAAGCCCCAAGACCUACUCGCUCUCUCAUCAAGGAGCCGGGUACAUAGACUAUACCCUUGAUUACCAAGAAAUGAGCCAACGCGCUAUAUACGGGACUGCAGCCUUUUCGCAGUUAAGCAUCACCAUCCCCGCUGGCCAACGAUCAUCAGUCCACGUCUCUGUUACUCCACCUUCUGAUAUCGAUCCUUCUAAGCUUCCCGUUUUCAGCGGCUACAUCAACAUUGUUUCAAAUGACAAAGAUCUCCAUGUUCCUUACGUUGGUUCCCCUUAUUCACUUUUCAACACACCAUACAUUAAAAUCCAAAAUUCCACUUCCUCUGCCAUCUUCCCACGCAUUUGGUCAUACAACCAAACCGUUCUCACUAUUGACACCGGAGUCCUUGAAUUUGUGGCGGAAACCGGCUUCGGAUCCAGUCUUCCCACCCUUCAAUGGACGCGUGAGUUCUGUGUCGAUGUCCUUCCGGCAAAUACAACUGUCCAAGCCAACAACUACGGCUUUGAUAAGGACGCAGAAUAUGAUUAUAAACCUUCAGCCUUCACACCAAAUUCUACGGUCUUUGGCCAGGAAAGUUUUGGCACGUUGACUCUGUCGCUGGGAUAUAAUUGGCCUAGUGGUAACGGUAUUUUUCGAUCUGAUACCAUUGUCACGGGCAGUGAUGGCGGGAAGUGGGCUAUAGGUAAUGGUGAUUAUAGGUGGUUGGUUAGUGCGCUGAGGUGGGGUGGAGUGAGUGGGGUGUUGGGGGAUUAUGAUACUUGGUUUUGUUAG